CCUUCCGCCUCUGGUCCCCCCGCCCCCGCCGCCUGCUUAAACCCCCGAAACCCUAGCCGUGCAGCACCCCCGCCCAUUCCAUGGACGAGCCCCAGCCGCCGCCGCUCCCGCCGCGCCCGCCGCUGGAGCUCGCCGGCGCGGCGCGCGACGCGGAGCUCCGCCUCGCCGCCGCGCUGUCCCGCGAGGAGGUCCUCCGCCGGCGCCGGCGCCGCCUGCUGCAGCUCUGCUCCCUCUACCGCGCCCAGUUCUGGGCGCUCGCCGACGAGCUCCCCGCCAGGCACGGCGAGUACUGGUGGGAGCACGGCGCCAGCCCCGCGCUCGGCGACGAGCCCCCGCCGUCCCUCCGGCUGCUGAAAGGGAAUGGGGCCGGUGCUGGGCCGCCGGAGAAUGGGGGCCUCGUUGGGCCGCUGGAGAAUGGCUGCCGCGGCGCCGUUGCUCCCGCUGCGGCGGCUGCGGGCGGUAGGGCCGGGUGCGCGGCUUCGAAUUGCGAGGCCAAGGCGAUGCCCCUGUCCCUGUACUGCUUCAAUCAUAUCCUCUUGGACCCCAAGCAGCAGCUCUAUCAGCCCUGCGCCUUCCCCACUAGGAAAAGUGGCAUGCCAAAUGGGGAAGCAAUUUGUGGUAACCCUGUUCUGAGAGGCAUUACUCCACUGCGGUGUGCUGACCAUGAUCCAAAAUCUCAGAAACUCAUCAUAGAAGCUUUGAAGAAUGCUGGAAUUGACCUGCCCUUGACAAGUAAGAGUGUUCCAAAGUUGAGUCUCUUGAUUUCUGAAACAGUCAGGGAAAUUCAGAUGAAAAGAAAGUUUUCCAUGAAUGCUGGAAAGACCGCACCUUCUGAUAUGUCAUUGAAAUGAUUUGUUUGGAUCAGCCUGUGAUCUCUUUGUACAUGAUGGCCCUACAGAGAUGGAGAUGUUCCAUUGUAAAUAUCAGGUGUCAAGGUGCACCAAAUCUUCAAAAGAAGAAAUAAUGAAUUGUUAAACUAUUGGAUGUUAAGUUAUAGUGCAGAGAAGGAAGCUGUGCAAAAUUGACCUGUUGGCUGCUUUUAAUUUACCCCCUUUAAUCCUUGAAAGGAAGAAAACAAAUUUUUGACUGAGCUUCAACAGCCACAGCAGGAAUGCUAAAUAACGUUCUAGGAAUUGAAGGGUUGUAUUCAGUAAGUACGUCUUGGAUGAUCAGUCAGGCUACCCCAAUCAGUUGAAGAAUUGCUACAGUUUCCUUCUCAUUGGUCUUUCCCGCCUGGAAAUGAUCAGCAUGGAAGUUUGUCUAUCGAAUGUUGUUGCUCGGUAUUAGACCAGAAAUGUUCCAUCUUGUUUAUGAUCAUACCAGAAAUGUUUGUACAUAUUGUCGUAAAUCAGUAGUUAUUAUUAGUUCAGGGUAUAGGUAUUUAUGUUUGGGACUGCAUCCGGCAUUGGAAAUUGGCCGUCCUUUGGGGACUAUAUCGAGCUUGUGAUUUUUUUAGGGCAAAAUCAAUUAAUUGAACUGUGAAUCGUGAAUACAUGGUUGAUUGAAUUUGUGUUA